AGGCGCACCGGAACCUCAAUGGGCGUCAUCUAUAAGAUUCUUAAGCAGCAACGUGAGCAGCAGCACCGGGGUCUUACCAUGGACCUUAGCCUGAGCACGGCCACCAGGUGUAAGGUGCAGGCGGCCAUUAAGCAACGCCAGCAGCAGCGCCAACUUGAGAACCACCUGGAGCCAGAGCCAGAACAAGUUCGGAGCCAGGAGAGGGAUCACGACAAGGAAGAGCUUUCCGAGCAGCAGUUGCAGCAGCUCUGCCGCUUCCUGGCCGAGAAUGCGGCACGCAAAAAGCGCCAAAGCUUCAAGCUGAAAUACGAUAGCGAACUACCAGCGGAUCAUGUGAAAGUUCGGGAACACGAACAAGAGCGAGAAGGGGAACGGGAGCAGGUGGAACUCUCAUCGCCAGGCCAAGUCAUAGAGAUGGAUCUAAUCGAGCAGCUGCAUCAUGCCCACUUACCUUCCACAGCCACAGCUAGGAGUACUGCGUCCACGGCGCCACGUGACAGCAUCCUGCUGAAGAUACGCCACCAGAUCUUUGAGCGGAAGCGACAGCGCCAGCGGCAGCUGGCAGAGCUGGUGCAACAGCGACUGGUGGUGUGGCGCCCGUGGUAGGGCUCUUCUGCGAGUACAGUCCUGGCCAUAGCCAUAGCCAUAAGCGAGA